AUGGAGGGUCCACCUCCGGACGAUCCGCCCAAUUUAGGUGAAAAACGACUUCCAGUUUACAUGACCACUCGGCAUAAUGACGGUGUUUUACGUGUCCUGCAAUUACGCGCAAAAGGAAAUGACCUUGACUCUCCUAACCCACAAACAGAUGAGCCUCGUCUGCCCUCUAAUCCAUUUGUUAUUGCACGAUCGAUUGAGGCAGCAAUUGGGUACGAAAAUCGAAAACUAGUAACAGCCACAAAAGAAGCUCGAGGAACACGUUAUGUUCUUCGAACGCAGUCGCCUAUCAUUUACAAAGCUCUAAUCUGUAUGACUCAUCUUAUUGAUGAGAGCAAAACCCAGGUUGAAGUCAUUGACCACCCAAGAUAUAAUUUCACCAAGGGCGUAGUCUUUGACCAGGACACAAUAAACGUUUCGGAUGAGGAUUUACUUGAGGAGCUGAGGAAACAAGGCGUAACUUUAGUUAGACGGAUCACCAAGAAAAUCAGCGAAAAAGAAACUACAAAUACACCGCUUGUUGUAUUAACAUUCAGAGGAACGGUACGUCCGAACUUCAUUUACUUUGGGAUGAUACGCACUAAUGUAAGACCCUACUACGACAGUGUUCUGAUUUGCCGAAAAUGCUCCGCUUAUGGACAUUCUAUCAAGAAUUGUUCCAAUGAAGCGGUCUGCCUAACUUGCUCACAAACACACACCAUACCCGAAAACCAGCCAUGUAAAAAUUCCCCAUUCUGUCGGCACUGCGAAGGGCCUCACUCACCGGUCAGUAAAGACUGUCCGAUCUUCCGCAGGGAAGAGGCGGUGAUCCGACUUAAAACCGACAGGGGUAUAACUUUCAAUGAAGCUAGGAAAGAAAUUGAAGAAACCACAAAAAACGCUAGCUACUCCAGCAAAGUACAAAAUCGACUUUCCGAGUUUUCUGAUAAGGACAGAGAAAUAAAACUACUACGAGAAGAACUGGCAAAACUUCGAAACCAGAUGAAGGACUAUGUGUCUCUAAAGAACGAACUCGAAGAACUGAAGUCCUCUAUCCAAAAUGUGACAAAAUCGAACUCGAAAAAUCUCCAGCCUGAAAAAUCGAUCCAAACUAAUUUACCUCAAACAAACUAUGCUGAAGUAAGUACCAAGGCAAGACUCUCUCGUAAAGAUUCCGGCACAAACAACAACAACAAGCCAAGCAACUCCACAAAAUCAACCACUCAACAACCUUCCUCCAACACUACCAAGAACUAUAGCCGCAGUGUAAGCCGGAAAAGAAUUCUGGAUAUCUCUCCCCCUACAACAGAAACCAAGAAGCUGAUCAAAUGCCCUGAACCGAGCCAUGAAAUCGUUGUUUCAACAGAAAUUGAAAUGCUCGAUGAUAGCGAAUAA